AUUUUAUUUGUUGUGUUUGGUAGGAUAAACCGACUUCUAGAAAGAAAGAAAAGAAGAAAAAAUAAAACACGUCUUAAGGAAAGGACAACUGAUGGCCGAACAAAAGAGAGAAAAGAAGAAGAAGGAUACAACUAAAGAGUCCUUUACAUGAAAUUGAACAGCAUGAGGCCCUCGGCCAGCCUGUCUAUAUUCUACAAAUUUUGGUGCCAAAAUCUCUUAGUUUCUCUGAUUUUACCAAAUAACUAAGAGCAAGAAGAUUACAGCAACAGGGAGCAAUGGAGGGAGAGAUGUACAAUUUGAUGAAGGUAUGGAUAUGGGUUUUGAUCUCUCUCUGCUAUUGUUAUGUCCUGGGAAAGGCAACCCCAAAAGGAACAAGAAGGCUUCUUUGUUUGCUACCAAUUGUUUGCCUAUUUCUCUACCUUCCCCUCAACCUUUCCUCCUUACAUCUAGGAGGCAUCAGUGCUUUCUUCAUUGCUUGGCUUGCUAAUUUCAAGCUCUUGCUUUUUGCCUAUGGUAAAGGCCCUCUAUCUUCAUCCCUUUCUUUACCUCGUUUUGUGGCUGUUGCUUGUUUGCCCAUCAAGAUCCAGCAAAACCAAUCUCCAAAAUCCCAUCUGAAUGGCCAAAACCCCAAAACCCCAUCUCCUCAAUUACAUCAAAAUGGCCAAAACAAGGAACACCCAAAUGCCCAAAACCCUCAAAAGGGCCAUAAAUCCCCAUCAAAUUAUGCAAUCAAGAUCCUUCUUCUCGCUGCCCUGCUUCGUGUAUAUGACUACAGGGAGUUCAUUCACCAUAUACUCAUCCUGGUUCUAUAUUCUUUUCAUAUAUACUUUGCUCUGGAGAUCAUUCUAGCCAUGGUUGCAGCCAUCGCUCGUGUGGUUCUGGGUCUUGAGCUAGAACAACAAUUCAACGAGCCGUACCUCUCCACUUCUCUUCAAGAUUUCUGGGGAAGAAGAUGGAACAUCAUGGUGUCAAGCAUUCUCCGACUCAGCGUCUACGACCCUCUUCUCCGCUUCGGAACUCCUCUUAUCGGCCGGAAAUGGGCUCCACUCCCCGCGGUUUUUGGCACCUUUGUGGUGUCGGGUUUAAUGCACGAGAUCAUAUUUUACUACCUGGGCCGCGUCAGGCCCACGUGGGAAAUCACUCGGCUCUUCCUCCUCCACGGAUUCUGCUUGAUGGUGGAGAUCGUUCUGAAGAAAAUCUCGACGGAAAAAGACAAACGGCGAUUGCCAAGAGUGGUGUCUACUCCAUUGACAGUUGGGUUCGUGUUGACCACUGGGUUUUGGCUGUUCUUCCCGCCACUUCUCCGGUGCAGGGCAGAAGAAAGGGCGUUUCAAGAGUACGCCGCCCUGGGUGCGUUUCUGAACAACAUCCGCCUUGCAUUAAUCUCUAGCUUACAGUCUUAGGGAUCGGAUUUGAAUCGUUGUUCGAGAGAGUGAAGGAGGGAUGUACUUAAACGUGAUUGGAUGUCACUGGACCCGAAGACCCAAGUUACAAUUGAUGUUAAUAAACUACUAUUAUGAAGGGAUAAUGGAUAAUGCGAGGAAUAUACUUCCCAACAUUAAUUGUGAAAUGCAGUUAGACCUUGGCAAACAAGCAGAUUGGAUCAAGUUCGAGUUGGGUCAACUUAAGUAAUGAAUUCUAUAAGUUGGG